AUGACCACUAAUAUUGUAGAGUCCGUUAAUGCCCUUUUCAGGCAUGCACGUAAGUUGCCAGUCACCGCAUUACUUGAUCAUAUCAGAGGUGUGUUGCAGAGGUGGUUCUACGAACGUCGGACGCUUGCUUCUUCACGUCAGAGUACGUUGUCUGACUACGCAGAGGAAAUGAUUGCCGAAGCUUCGGAUAAUGCACGGAGACACAUUGUUAUGAACAUCGACCAGUUUAAUUUUGAGGUACGCGACGGGAACCUCAAUGAGGACGUUGACUUGCAAACGCAGACGUGUACUUAUCGGGAGUUCGAUUAUUUUAAAGUCCCGUGCUCCCAUGCUAUUGCUGUAGCCAGUUCUCGUAGCAUAAAUCCGUACACACUAUGCGAUGAGGCGUACACGGUCAACAGCUGGAUGUUGGCRUAUGCAGAACCAAUAUUUCCAGUGGGUUCAUCSUCAACAUGGAAGAGUUCUCCGGGGUUUGUGAAUAUCGAUGUUCAACCACCGAAGAAGGUCGUUAGGGUUGGACGGCGACAGACGGUGAGGAUUCCUUCCACAGGCGAGGUCCGUCCACCGCGCAAGUGCAGUCGAUGUGGUACGUCGGGACACAAUCGUAAAACUUGUCGCGAACCACUAAAUACUGUGUAG